AUGUGGAUCAAACUUGUCAAUAUGAUCACUUCGUAUUCUUUACAUACGAAACAGUAUCAUGUAUAUUGCGAUGUUAUGGGUCAAUUUCCAUUCGGUAUGAUGUCCAUGCUGUCGGGACUAAAUAUAAAACACACUGGUCGUCAUCACAGUGGUAUUGAUGAUUGUCAUAAUAUCGCAAAUAUUUUAUGUGAAUUAAUUCGAUGUGGUGCUGCUCUAGAUAUUACUGGAAACAUAAAAUAG